UUCCUAACCCUAACCAACCCCAAAACAUACCAAAUUAUAGUUUUUCACCAGGUUUUUUCAUGCCGUCGGCUGUUCCAAACUAUCAUCUAUAUUACGGUUCGCCGAUGUCAUAUUCAUCUCAACCACCCACUUAUUCUUCUACUCCGACGGAUAAGGAAAUUGCUUCGAAUGUUGGAGCAACUGAAUUUCCCGAGUUUUCUACACAAAUAACUCUUGGUGGUGUAAGUGGGGUUAAUGAAGCAACUCUUGGUGCAGACAGUUCAACCCAUGCUACCCGAAAAAAUGUCAAAUGGACAACUGAGCAAAAUUUGGUGCUACUGAGUGGGUGGAUCAAAUAUGGAACAGACAGCGUUGUUUGCAGAAACCAGAAAACGUAUGCAACAAGUGGGUGGUCGGAGCAAGAUGUAUUGGCGAAAGCGCAAGAAAUCUAUUCAGGUGGUGGGAAUAAUGGCUCUAAAAGCAGUGGAUCUAAGAGAGCCCACUAUAGUGAUGCUAGUGACUCCAACUAUGUAGGAUCCACUGCUCGUCCAAUGGGAAGGGAUGCAGCAAAGAAAAAAGCUGAAAAGAAAGGGGACUUAUCAAGAAGUGACGAUUACUUCACUCAACGAUAUGACAUAGCUAAUAAAGAAGGUAUAUCUCCAUUAGCGAAAUGUACCACAACCAUGCGAAUGUUAGCAUAUGGUAUGACGGCCGACGCGGUUGAUGAAUACAUCAAAAUUGGAGGCACAACAGCUUUGGAGUGCUUGCGUAGGUUCUGCAAGGGAAUCAUACAAAUGUAUGAGAAAGUGUAUCUUAGAGCCCCAACUGAAGAUGAAUUGCAAAGAAUUUUGCAUGCUAGUGAAAUGCGAGGGUUCCCAGGGAUGAUUGGGAGUAUUGAUUGCAUGCACUGGGAAUGA